AUGGCAACUCAAACCCCAAAAACUCGAGUCUUCGCCGGCGUCACUCUUAUCGACACCCCCCUCGUCCAAGCCUCCCUCGACUAUGCCCGUCAAAACAACGACGCCAUGUCCUUCAACCACGUCUACCGGUCCUGGGUCUUUGGCGCAAUCCUCGCCUCCAAAGUCCCACGCUUCGCAAGCAUAAACCGCGAGAUCCACGCCGUCUCCUGCAUCCUCCACGAUCUAGCCUGGGACCACACAAGUGUAUUCUCGACAGCAGACAAGCGCUUCGAAGUCGACGGCGCCAACGCAGCCCGGGAGUUCUUGAACCGGGCGGCACCGCACUUCACUCCGGGAGAGGUGCAGCUGGUGUGGGACAGCAUUGCUCUGCAUACCACGACGAGUAUUGCGCGGCACAAGGAAAACGAAGUCGCGCUGUGUAAUAUGGGGAUCUCGGUAGACUUUACGGGAACGGCGUUUCCGGGGGGCUUGAUUACCCAGGAAGAGUAUGAUGCGGUUGUGGAGGCGCUUCCACGGCUUGAGUUCAAGGAAUCGGUGAAGAAGCUUCUGUGUGGACUGUGUGUGCAUAAGCCGGAGACGACAUAUGAUAACUUCCUGCGAAAUAUUGGGGAACGGUUUGUUGAGGGGUAUACUGUUGGGCCUAGUCUUGCGGACUUUUUAACUUGA